AAAGCUAACGUACGUCAGCCGUACAAUUCUUACCUGGCAGCGGCUCCAAACGAAAACCCUCCGCCAGCGUUGGUGGAACCAAUAGACCCGGAUCCGAAAUUAAAGCCUGACAUUUUUAAGCAACAACCAAGUUUCUAGUUAGUCAAACUUUAUCUAACUGACUGUUCGAUAGCUGUUAGCUAGCUUUGAAAGGCACGAACGCCCGCGUGCAGGCCAGUGUGACUGUGGCUACGAAGUCAUGGUAACGUGAAAGAAAAUAAAAACAUACUAUUCGGCGAUUUAAACUCACAAGCUCAGUAACGUAUACACAUUUACAGCGAUCUGAAAGGUAAUUAAUCCGUUAUGCAUAUAGUUAAACAGCACUAAAAUGUUAGCUUCCUUCUCAAAACUGUUUUUUCCGAAUCCGCGCUUUACCCCCAAUGUACUUUCCGGUUAUUGUGGCCUGCUGGGAUACUGGAGGACUUGGCAGAUUGGACGGUCAUAUGGGGACAUCUACCGAUUGCUAUCAUGUUUUUGAAGAAGUAAAAAUUCGCUUUAAUUAUUUGUCAGUUUGAGAACGGGUUUUAAAUACAUACAUGUGUCACGAUGGAACGAUUACAGAAUAUGUGCAAAUAGUAACAGGUGGUGGAGUAAUGCCUAACAAGAAUAUACUCUAUUUAGACUACUCUGAAUUCGAUGUCUGAUGGAUGGGUGAAACAUUUCCCAUAACGUCUGGAAUCUGUACUACGUUUUAAAAAAAAUGUAUUAUACAAAAUACAAAGCAACAAUUUACAUUGUUACAUCAUACAAAACAGAACACAUGUAUUAACGACAAAAUACUAAAACAUACAAAAAAGAUCAAGUAAUAAAAGAAUAAACAAUCAAACAAUGGAAUCUGCACUACGUGGCGGUGAGGUAGAACGCCCAUUGACGUCACCCAAGCGGGAAGCGCUGUAGUGGAUAACGGGCUCCACUAGUUACCACAGUCACAAAGUCAAAAAUGUCUAUAUCGUAAAAAUUCAUGAAAACAAAAAUUUGAUUUUUGGUGUUAAUUUAAAGUUAGGGUUAGGCCUAAUGUUAGUAGUGUGGUUAAGGUUAGGUUUAAAAUCACAUUUUAAGAAGAUAAUUUGUAGAAAUGGGCGGGGUUUAUUACUUUGUGGCUGUGGUGACUAGUGAAGACAGUGAAUAACUAAUAGCUAGCGAGCAUCUACUGAAAAAAAUACACAAUCGUGAAUACUCAACUAAUGUCGGUACCAAAGUAAAACAAAUAACGUCAGCUUGCCGCACCUUGAUAAUCGAUGUGCGAGCCACAUCACAUGUCAACUGGUUGAAUCGUUGCAUGCACUGACAGCUGUCAGGGAAAUGGAACAUAUCCGAACGCCUAAGGUGGAGCAGGUGCGUCUGUUGGAACGCUUCAGUAACAAGUCCACCAGCGGGACGCUGCACCUGACAGCCACACAUCUCAUCUUCGUGGAGAGCAAUAACGCUGCCACCACCGCUGCACAGGAGAUCUGGAUCCUGCACCACCACAUAGCGUCAGUGGAGAAGCUGUCGUUGACCACCAGCGGUUGUCCUCUGGUCAUCCAGUGUCGUAACUUCAGAGUGGUCCACUUUGUGGUCCAGAGAGAGAGAGACUGUCACGACAUCUACAGCUCACUGCUCAGAUUGCUACGACCAGUAUCCUAUGAUGAGCUCUAUGCGUUCUCCUACAACCCCAAGCAAAACGAGCAGCAGAGAGAGGAAGGCUGGCAGCUCAUCGAUCUGGGGGCAGAGUUUGAGAGGAUGGGCGUACCCUGUGACCGAUGGCAGCUCACUGACGUCAACAGGGACUACAAGAUAUGUGAGACGUAUCCCAGGGACCUGUAUGUGCCCAUUACAGCCAGUAAGCCCAUCAUCGUCGGCAGCUCCAAGUUCAGGAGCAAAGGACGCUUCCCUGUCCUCACAUACUUCUACCAGGAGAAGAAGGCAGCAGUGUGUCGGUGCAGCCAGCCUCUCUCUGGGUUCAGUGCACGAUGCUUGGAGGACGAGAGCAUGUUGCAGGCCAUCAGCAAGGCCAAUCACAACAGCCGAUUUGUCUACGUCAUGGAUACCAGGCCCAAGUUGAAUGCCAUGGCCAACAGAGCAGCAGGUAAAGGCUAUGAGAAUGAAGAUAACUACUCCAACAUCCGCUUCCAGUUUGUGGGGAUCGAGAACAUCCACGUGAUGAGGACCAGCCUACAGAAACUCCUGGAAGUGGUGGGAAGUCGUUUUCUGUCGGUAAAUGACUACCUGCUGGGCUUGGAGAGCUGUGGUUGGCUACGGCACGUCAAAGCUGUGGUAGAUGCAGCCAUCUUCCUCACCAAGGCAGUGACCGUAGAAGGAGCCAGUGUGUUGGUCCACUGUUCAGACGGCUGGGAUCGGACAGCCCAGGUCUGCUCUCUGGGAGCUCUGCUCAUGGACCCCUACUACCGCACCAUCAAAGGCUUCAUGGUCCUCAUAGAGAAAGACUGGAUCUCAUUUGGACACAAGUUUGCAGACAGGUGUGACCAGUUGGAUGGAGACCCCAAGGAGGUGUCCCCCGUCUUCACACAGUUCCUGGAGUGUGUGUGGCAGCUCACCGAGCAGUUUCCCCAGGCGUUUGAGUUCAGUGAGUGGCUGCUGCUGCAGAUCCAUGAACAUGUUCACUCCUGUCAGUACGGAAACUUCCUGGCUAACAACCAGAGACUGAGAGAAGAGCUGCAACUUGGAGACAGGACUCACUCUCUGUGGGCGUUUCUGUUAAGAGAGCAGCAGAACUACCUAAACCCUGCCUACUGCCCCACCUACGCAGACGCACACCCCGUCCUAGAACCCUCCACCCUGCCCUGCCACUUCAAGUUCUGGAGGAAUAUGUACCACCAGUUUGAUCGCUCCAUGCACCCCCGUCAGUCUGUCCUGAAGAACGUUCUCACCCUGAAAGAGAGCAACUGCCAACUGGAGGACACAAUAAAAGACCUGGAGACUAGGCUACAGAAGCAUGGCAUCAGCCCCCCCACCCCGGACCCCCAGGCUUCCCCUAGAGCCCAACGCAUCCUCCCCACGCGCCCUCACUCCCUCAUCCUGGGAGCCCCCCUCAGCCGGAAGGAGGCACAGCGACAGCAUGAGGAGGAGGAGGAGGAGGAGGAGGAGGAGGAGGAGGAGGUGGGAGAGGAGGUGACAGAGUGCUGCAGUGACACAGAGCGGACAGUAGAGGGCAGCAGCGGUACAGAGCGCAAGGAGAGCUACAGUGACCUGCAGGAGACAUACGGGGCCAAGGCCGAGCCCGCUGUGGUCAGCCUGGAGUUUGGAGUGGCCCGCAUGACCUGCUGAGGCGCGUGAUACUGGAGAAAUGGAGGAGGGGUGAUUGGGCUGGAAUGGAGGGAGGAGGAAUGGAAAGAGUGAGAGAUGGGGUCACUAAAGGACGAGUGUGUGCGUGUUGGUGUGAGUGCGUGCGUGCGUGUGUGUGUGUGUGUUGUGUUUAGCCAUAUUCCUAUGUUGGCGAAUGAAGGUUGUAUUAUAAAUCUUUAUAGAAAGCGCCAUUUACUGCACAUAGAAAGGCUUGUUUUUAAGAAUGUUGAAAAGCACUAAAGAGAAUAAAUGACAUCAUGAAGA